AGCUUAAAGCUACCGAAGCCUGUAAUUGCACAUUGAACUUGUCAAUCUACCUAGAUCAACUACUGCAUCAGCAAGACUCGUUUCCCUCAGCUCGCAGCUCGGUCCGCGACCACCUACAUUCCGAACAAUGGCCUCUCUUCCUAAGACUAUGAAGGCCGUCUUCAUUCAGAAGACCGGCGGAACAGAUGUCUUGCAAUACGCGGAUGUGCCAGUGCCCGAGCCAAAGGAAGGCGAGGUACUUGUCAAGAACGAGUACAUCGGCAUAAACUACAUUGACACGUACUUCCGCUCAGGUGUCUACAAUCCCCCAAAGUUUCCCUAUAUCCUCGGCCGCGAAGGCAGCGGCACAAUUGCUGCUGUAGGCCCGAACGCACCUUCCGAUCUCAGUCCAGGAACGCGCGUAGCAUACUUGGCACAACACGCUUACGCAGAAUAUACUUCUGCCCCUGCAAACUCCACCGUCCCCAUCCCGGACUCAAUUGACACCAAAACGGCAGCUGCAUCCAUCCUACAGGCACUUACCGCUGUGACCCUGAUCCGCGACGCGCAUGAAGUGAAGAAAGGUGAUUGGGUCCUGGUUACUGCCGCGGCUGGUGGCGUAGGCUUGUGGCUAUGUCAGUUGCUGAAGUCAGUUGGAGCGCAUGUCAUUGCAACGGCUAGUACCGAGGAGAAGAGAAAUCUUGCCAAGGCGAAUGGUGCGGAAGUGCUGUUGGAAUACCAUGAGGAAGAUCGGAAUUUGUUUGUAAAGGAGGUGCUGGAGAUUACGGGUGGUGAGGGUGUGCAUGCGGUCUUUGAUUCAGUGGGCAAAUCGACGUUUGAUAGCUCACUUGCUGUUGUGAGACGGAAGGGGUCAAUGGUGUCUUUUGGGAAUGCGUCUGGUCCUGUUGAGGGGUUCAGCCUUGCUCGUCUGGCAGCCAAGAACGUCAAGCUCGUUCGCCCUACACUCUUCGGCUACAUCGCCACACGCGAGGAAUUCCAGUCUGCGGCAAAGGAGCUGUGGAGUUUCAUCGAAAAGGAUGGCUUCAAUGUCAAGAUCCAUGAUGUGUACCCUCUAAGCGAUAUUGUAAGGGCUACGGAGGACAUUCAGAGUAGGAAAACAACGGAGCAAACUGUCCCGAAGAUUCUGCCCGCCUUCCAGCGCCCCGGUCCUACGAAUUCUUACGGGUAG